AUGGCCGAUAGUCGCGAAGCUUCUCCCCAUGCUCCUUCGCGCAGGCGCGGGCGCACACGGUCACGCUCCUCCAGUGUCGAGUCGGCAGCGGGGGACGCGCCUCAGCAGCAGCAGCAGCGGAGGAGGCGUGGUGCGCGUGGGCAGGGCGGGAAGGCGGGUGGUGGGGGGUUGCCGGUUGUUGAUGAGCUUGGGGGGACGGUUGAUACUGUCGGCGAUACCGUUGGUGGGGCUGUCGAUGCUGUCGGCGGUCUUGUCGAUGGGCUGGCUGGCGGUGGAGGCGGAGGCGGAAGCGACUCGUCGAUGCCGAAGUUGAGCCUGGAGUUGAACAUCGAUGUCGAGGUCAUCGUCACGGCGAAGAUCCAUGGCGACCUACAACUAUCCUUGCUUCGUUGA